GGGAAUUAAAGUUGUAAAUAUUUUUAAUGGAUCCUGCAAGAAAUGGAUACGGAGCGAUAGUCCAAGAUGACCCAGAGGAAAGGAAAUUAGCUCAAGAAGAUUCUACAAGGAAAGAAAUAGUGACUCAGGAAACCCCUAUUCGUGCGUAUUGUAGACAUUGAUUAAAAACACACAUGACUAGAGUUGAGACUGAAUGUAACUGCAGUGCAGUUCCUCUUUGCAUAUACAUGGUGUUGUUCUGUCCUUUCUGUUACUUAUGUAUUCCAUGCCAAUGAAAGCAAACUAGGGAAUCUUACCACAUCUGCACUCACUGUAACCAAAAGUUAUUCAGAGUCGUCAAAAGUAUCUCCUCUAUGUUCCAGUUUAUUGGGCAAACAAUUGAAAAUGUUGGAGAAGAUUUCAAAGAAAUAGAGGAACAGAGGAGAAAUGAGGAAGACCAACCAGGAAAUGCACCAGGUGGAGCAGCUAGUGCAGCGUCAGGAGGAGCUCCAGGAGGUGGAGCAGCUGGAGCUCAGCCACAACCCUCAUCUCACCCUCAAGAAGAAAGGGUAGUUGAGAUACCCGACUAAUAUAUGAAAACUUAUAAUAAUGAUAAGGUUACAAAUCUAUAGGGCACCAAAAAUAGUC